ACUCGUCUCCUCUUUGAAGCGGCUCUGUCCGGAUUCACGCUCCAUUCAUCGUUUUUCUGUAUUUAUCGGUGUCUUCUUCAGGAGAUAUCCACCUGAGGAGCUCUAAAGGCCGGCAUGUCAGGCUCCACUCCCCCGCCUUCCUCUGUGGAAGCCGCGGGCACCGAGGGAUGCUUUCCCCCCGGAUAUAAGCCGUUCAAACCCGAGGAGCACGGCCUGGAGCGCGGGUUCCGGCUCACAGCCUACUCGGACCUGAAGGGAUGAGGCUGUAAAGUCCCGCAGGAGGCUCUGCUCAAACUCCUGCAGGGACUGGAGGCGGACCGAGGAGAUGGGGUACCGAAGGCCGGAGACCAGGCACCAGAGUUCGGCCAGCAGCUGCCCGGACCCCGGCUCGGUGUCGGCAUGGACUGCUGCGUGAUCCCUCUCAGACAUGGAGGCCUCUCUCUGGUUCAGACCACAGACUUCUUCUACCCCCUGGUGGAGGACCCCUACAUGAUGGGAAGGAUAGCCUGUGCGAACGUCCUCAGCGACCUUUACGCCAUGGGCAUCACGGAGUGUGACAACAUGCUGAUGCUGCUGAGUGUCAGCCAGAAGAUGAACGAGAAGGACCGCGAGCGCGUGAUGCCGCUGAUGAUCCGUGGGUUUCGUGAUGCAGCGGAGGAGGGCGGGACUUCAGUGACGGGCGGUCAGACGGUGAUCAACCCGUGGAUCAUCGUGGGAGGCGUGGCCUCGGUCGUGUGUCAGCCCAACGAGUUCAUCAUGCCUGACGGCGCCGUGCCCGGGGACGUUCUGGUUCUGACUAAACCUCUGGGGACUCAGGUGGCGGUGAACGCUCAUCAGUGGCUCGAUCAGCCGGAGCGGUGGAACAAGAUCAAGCUGGUCAUCACCAAAGAGGAAGUCAAAGAGGCCUAUCAGGAAGCCAUGUUCUCCAUGGCAACGCUAAACCGCACAGCGGCCGGCCUGAUGCACAAGUUCCAGGCUCACGCCGCCACAGACGUGACGGGUUUCGGGUUGUUGGGUCACGCCAACAACCUGGCAGCACAGCAACGAAACGAGGUGGCCUUCGUUAUCCACAACCUGCCAAUCAUAGCCAAGAUGGCCGCCGUCAGUAAAGCCUGCGGGAACCUGUUCAACCUGGUUCAGGGCACAUCGGCGGAGACGUCAGGCGGUCUGUUGGUGUGUUUACCACGAGAGCAGGCGGCCAAGUUCUGCUCAGAGAUGAAGAGCCAGAGCUCCGGGGCCGGAGGUCCGGGGGCGGUGGGUGGAGCCUGGAUCAUCGGGAUCGUAGAGAAAGGCGACCGGCGCGCUCGCAUCAUCGACAAACCUCGCAUCAUCGAGGUUCCUCCACGAGGGAGUCAGGCGGCCAAUCAGGACAACAGCUCCAACAGCCCGGCGCCGAGCCCCAACCUGUCAUAGACACUGCCCCGCCCCCUCCGUGUGUGUGUGUGUGUGUGUGUUUGGGUGUUUGGGUGUGUGGGUGUGUGUGCUGAUGUUGCUGGUCGUUUCUUCUUCUACGCUGAGAGCGACGGCGACGUCUCCAGGCUGAGGAUGGACUGAGGAUGUCAUUCUUUAGUUCUCAGUAAUUUUGAUGAUUGAGGGUAAAAACCUUCCUAAAUGUUUAAAAACGGCGUCUGUUUAUCAGGAUUUAUGGGUCACAUGCAGCGUCUACAUGUGUGAAGCUUUGUCAGCGUUUCUGCAUGGAAACGCUGACAUUAAAAAGUUAAAGUUUCAGCAUCACAACCCCUGAAUGAACAGAUGAAUUUAUCAGGAUUACCUCUAAAUCUGCUGAGGAGGCUAAAAAAAGAAAUGUCACUAAUUUAAGAAUGAAAUAAGAGUUCAGGGUGUGAGCUGCACUAACACUCGUCCUGAUAAUUUGGUUUAAUUUAUUCCAGUGUUAAAUGAGUCUAACGUCCUCGGAGGAACAUUCCAGAAGCGUGAGUGUGCGUGUGGUCGUAGACGGCGUGCCGUGUUUCAGAGCUGGAUGAUGUGAACGUCUCCUGUUGGUGAAUGUAUCUGAUGAAAAGAAUCAGUCGGUCCUGGCUCCGCCCACGGCGUCCGGAGGAAGGCUUGAGCAGCUUCCUCUGGACCGGCUGGGUGGAGCGCAGACCCUCCAUCUGUCAGCCGAUUGGCUAUCCAGCACAAAGUCCCUCCCUCUUUCCCUGUCCAUGAAGCUCCAUCCCUGAAACCCCGCCGAUGGGGGCGGGUGGAGCGGAUGUUUGCCUUUGGAUCGGGGUCGGACCGACGAUGCUGGAGGUCAGCGGCUGUUUGUAGAUUUCUGCUUUUCACAAUCAAUAAAACCGUCAUCGACUCAGA